UCUCCUUCCUCUUCCGCCGCCUCGAUUCCUUCCCCGACCGCCCGCCCUCAUCGACUCCGACUCCGCACGACCGCCCAAACCCUAACCUUCCGUCAGCUCCGCUCCGCCGUCUCCUCCUUCGCCUCCGCCCUCUCCCGCCUCGGCAUCCGCAAGGGCGACGUCGUCCUCAUCUUCGCCCCCAAUUCUGUCCUCUUCCCCGUCUCCUUCCUCUCCAUCAUCUCCCUCGGUGCCAUCGCCACCACCGUCAACCCUUUAUACACCGUCGGCGAGCUCAAGAAGCAAGCCCUAGACUCCGGCGCCAAGCUCGUCCUCACCGUCCCCGAUCUCGUCCCCAAAGUCAGCUCGCUCAACCUUCCAAUUAUUCUACUAGCUGAAAACGCCAACAAAGAUGUUUCGUUUCCCACAUUUUACGACCUAAUCAAGAAUCAAUCGCCGUCGGAGUUCGCUCCGCCGGAGAUAAAUCAGGACGACACAGUGGCGCUCCUCUACUCCUCCGGGACCACGGGAGCGAGCAAAGGGGUCGUCUUGACGCACCGCAACUUCAUCUCUGUUGCUAUGAUGGCGGUUCAAGACCAGGACACGAGAGGGGAGCCGCCGAAUAUUUUCCUUUGUUUUCUUCCCAUGUUUCAUAUUUUCGGGCUGUCGGUGAUUACUUUUGCGCAGCUCGCGAGGGGGAAUACUGUGGUGGUGAUGAAGAGGUUCGAUAUGGAGAUGACUUUGAGGUCGAUAGAGAGGUAUAGAGUUAGUUAUUUGUUUGUUGUGCCCCCCGUGAUGAUUGCUCUCGCGAAGCAGGGGAAGGUGACUAAAUAUGAUCUGAGCUCGCUGAGAAGGCUUGGGUCAGGGGCGGCUCCUUUGGGAAAGGAUGUGAUGGAGGAGGUAGCAGGGAUUUUUCCUCAAGCUGAUAUUGUUCAGGGGUAUGGUUUGACAGAGUCGUGUGGUAUCGUAUCACUUGAGCUUCCUAGAGGAGCAUCUCUUCGCCAAUAUGGUUCAACAGGUAACCUUGUCUCAGGAGUUGAAGGCAAGGUUGUUAGUGUAGAUACGCUGCGGUCUCUUCCACCUAAUCAACUGGGCGAGCUCUGCUUUCGAGGACCAAACAUGAUGCGAGGUUAUUUCAACAAUUCACAAGCCAGUAAGUUGACUAAAGAUAAGGAAGGGUGGUUACACACAGGUGAUCUUGGGUACUUCAAUGAAGAGGGACAACUUUUUGUCGUGGAUCGCAUAAAAGAAUUGAUCAAGUACAAAGGUUUUCAGGAAUUCGACGUAAUCUGAUCUAUGUUCCCAGCU